AUGAUUAUUGAAUUGGAGGAUAAAUUAACUGCUUCAAUUCACCUAUCAAACUUACAGGAUCAGAUUAAUGGUGUUAUAUAGAGUGAUUUCUAACGCAAAUUAUUCUUUACAAUCUGUAUAAAUGAUAGAAAUACAAAUAGGCUUAGGACAAAUAAUACAUAUAUUUGAUAGUUGUAUUGCUAUGUUUGUAUAUGAUAGUCCAUUAAUACUUCUAUUGUAUUUUACAUGUUAUACUAUUGGUCAAUUAGUAGCCUUAAAUAAAUAUGUGUAACGUUGUUAAUUUUAUUGUUCAAUACUGUAAAUAGUUUUGAUUUGCAUAUUAUUUUUCGAGAUGAAUCAAAAUAUAAUUGUUAUCAUUGCUUUCUUAAUUAAAUCAUUGAUUAAUGGAUAUAUGAAUCAGAUGCUCUAGAUGAUAAGAUUUCAAUUAAUAAAGAUCUCUAUAAAUGUAGGAUACUUGAUAACUAUAGUGUUCAGUCUUAUCGGAAUAACAUGUACUACAUUUGGGUAUUCUGUUUAUCGAUUUAUAUGUGUUUCUGAGAUUUGCUUAUUAAUAAUAUUUUUGAAGAGAUGCUCUCGUCUUCCUCCUAUAAUGGAAGAAUGUUUAGAUAAUGAAUUUGAUGUUUAUGUCAAAUAUAUUGAAAAUUGUGCUUAGAAUAAUUCUAUAUUAAGUUAUGAAGAAUAGUAUAUUGAUUAAAAUAAUUUAUUAGUAAAAAUUCAAAUGAAUAAAUUUCAAUUAUUCAAACCUUUUAAAUAAAAGUACAUAGACCAACCAUGAGAAAAUUAUUUACUAAAUUGUCAAAAAUCAAUGAAUAAAUUUAUAAAUACUUUAUUUGUUAAACAUUAAAAGGAUUUUUAUUUUAUAGGUAAUUAUAAUCUGAAUAAUAAUUUUAGUAAUUUAACAUAUAUCAAAUAUUUCAAUUAAGACAAUAGUAAUAAAUAUAUAGAUAUUAUGCUAUUAUCUAUUUUUGGAGCAUUUAGUAAACCAUUUUACUAAUUCAUGAUUGGUUUAUAUACCUAGAAACAAGUUUAUCAAAUUUCAUGUAUAUUUAUUAAUAUUUUAGAAUCAAUAUGCAUAAUUAGUUAAAUGUUGAAGAUGAGUUACAUUUAUUGGCAAUCAGAUAUGGUGUUAUUGAUAGCUACUUUGUUGCAAGGAAUAUUCCAUUAUAAUAUAACAACCGAUAUCCAUUCAGUAACUUGGUCGAUAAUCUAAGGAUUACCGAACGAUGAUUUUAGGAUUAUCAUAAGUGUGUCGACAUUUUGGGGGAAUGUUUAUGGCCUAUAGUAUUUAUGAC